AUGCCUUGGUCAUCGCCCUGCGUCUCCCGAAGGACGCUGCUUAUGGGCAACUGUGUGUUUAUCCUGCCUCCCUUAGGAAACGAAGAGGAACUUGGAUACUUCCGGCAGAAGGCAUGGAGACCUCCUUUUAAGAAAUUCCUGGCGCACCCUGCGUCUCCCUUAGGACGCUUUUUACGGGCUGCGUCUCCCGAAGGACGCUUUGGUCGUCGCCCUGCGUCUCCCUUAGGACGCUGCUUAUGGACAACUGCGUGCCUAUCCUGCCUCCCUUAG